AUGUUCGAAGAUUCAACUCUGCCUUUUUCUACUUCCAAUCCUUUGGUAAAUACAACGUCCUUACCUGUUUCGACACCUCCAUCAGCACCGUCUACAUCCCAUAUUCCUGCAAUAUCCCCAAAUAAGGGCAGCAAAGCAUAUCCGAUGCGGCAGAUUUUCCAAGUAUGGUACAACAACAAAGACGCCAUUUUGGAUGUUAACGUUGAAGUCAAAAAGGGCGAAUCAUAUCGUCUUGCAAAACCCCAACAAGUGUAUCAUUUGGAUUUACAGCAUCCAGAGGUGCAGAACGCUGGAGCUUCGACCCAUGAAGAUGGAGUCACUGACAUUGUAAGAGAAGAGAUCGACAAACCCAAGGUCGGUCUUCCGCCCAAUCUCCCAGUCCCUAACAAGCCAAAACCGUCAGAGGAAAUGCAAUUGGUUGAACCACAACAUAUACAGUGGAUUUACCUCGACGCUAGCGGAAAUGAACAAGGACCGUUUACUGGAGAUGUCAUGCAAGAAUGGUUUUCAGAUGGAUAUUUGACUCCAGAUUUGCAGAUUCGGCGGCAAGAAGAAACCAAUUUUCAGGCCUUGAAGGACUUCUGCGAUAAAGUCCAUAAUUUCUUGCAUCCUUUCUCCGUACCGCUACCAGAUUUAUCAAGAGAAAUACCUAUGGCAAAUAUUCGGAUGAAUCCAGAUUUGAGCAAAACUUCUGCUGAUGCUGGGGUUGGAAUUGGUUAUUCAAAUGCAUCUUUUGGACCAUUACACCAAUAUUUACCCGUGGGAAAUGUUGGGGUGACUAAUGUCGGCGCUAACAACGUAGGAGGAAACAAUGUUACAGCCGGAAUUGGUGCUGCCAACAUGCGGCCAUCAUCUAGCAAUCUUUUCGAUUUCAUGGGAGAUCGGCCAUUGCAGUUUCAGCAGCUGUUUGGCCUUAACCAGAAUCUUGGAUUCGGUCAGUUACACAUGCCCUCAUUACUUCAACAAUCAAUCCAACCCCAGCAACCUCAAUUAGCUCGCACUAGUAGCUGGGCGAUGGACCUGUCAAUUGGUGGAAUGGGCGCCUCUAACACCGCUGAUCCAAUUGGAAUGGGCCUGUCCCCAUGGUUGGCCGGGGUACAGUCUGUUUCUCGAGUCAGUUCCCCAUUUGUGCCUGAACCACCAAAGGCAGAAGAUGUGCUUCAGGAUCUCCACAAUUCAAUGGUGACUGGAAUUUUGAAUGACGACUUUGUGCGUCCCCUCCCAACAGUCAAAAGGAGUGCCGUCGAAACUUCCUUUGACCUUAUGGCUUCUGCUGACCAUACGCCUGCGUCAGACAAGAAUGAGAGCCAAGCAAGCACUCAAGUAAAGGAGGACGAUAUUCCAGUUUCCCUUGUUAAUACACUUGCCGAAACAACCAUAGCUGAACCAACAGCACAUGCUCCACAAUCACCAGAAGUGACCAAGAGUAUUGUUUCCCAACCCGAGGACGAAGUCCAUGUUGCCAAUGCAGAAACUACUCCAGUCGAAAAGAAGAGUGUGACAACAGCCAAGGUUGAGGCUGAAACCACAGACUUUUCGAAACGGACCGAAGAGGCUGCCGCAGUAAUUGCGCCAUGGGCCAAAGCUGCAGAGGCAAAACCAGCCGUUACUUUGAAACAAAUACAAGAGUUAGAGGCCGAACGGUUAGAAAAAGAAAGACAGAUGAAGGCCGAGUUGAAAGCACUGAUGAGGCUGGAAGCUAAUCUUGCAAGCAAAGAGGACAAGCUUCCUGAGAAGGUGGCUUUUAAUUGGGCCAACUCAAACCCUCAACCAACCAUUAAGAAGACAUUGGCCGAAAUUCAAAAAGAUGAAGCUGAAGCUGCCAAGGCCAAAGCAAAAACAAUUUCGGCUCCCAAGCUCUCCUUAGCUGACGCUUUAUCUACACUUCCAAAAGAGGAAGCCAACGCAUGGACCACUGUUGCCACCAAGAAACCGCAAGCCCCUAAAAAAGCAACGCCAAUGGCUUAUACACCUAGCGGUAGCAGUCUUAAUCCUCUGAUGUUGAGAGCUGCAUCAGCUAAUACCUUAAACCAUUCCUCUGUCAACGGAGUCGCUUUAAGAGAAGAUUUCAUGGUUUGGGCGCGUUCCGCAAUUACUAAUUUGUAUCCAUCGGUAUCGAAAGACGAUUUGCUUGAAGUAUUCACCACAUUGCCAGCUCACAGUGAUUCAGUUCAGUUGAUCGCAGAAACUAUUUACAGUUCCUCAGCCACCAUGGAUGGAAGAAGAUUUGCACAAGAAUUCAUGAAAAAGAGACAACAAGUUGAAAAAGAAGUUGGCAAUGACGGCCAAUCAUGGUCGCUGGCUAUUGCAUCUAGUGCAAAUAAGAUACCUACCGUUGACGACGAUGGCUGGAGUACUAGCGUCAAGUCUAAAAAGAAAGGAAAAAGAAACUAA